AUGCAAGUUUUUGCCAAAAAUGUUUUUAGGAGAUUUGCAUUCACUCCAUUUUUCACUUUCUCAUCCAAGAGAGAUUUGUAUGGUAAUACUGUAUCUAAUCAAUUAGAAUUAUUGGGAGUACCUAAGAAUGCCUCAUAGAAUGAUAUCAAAAAAGCCUAUUAUGGAUUGGCCAAGAAGUAUCAUCCAGAUGCAAAUCCAUCUAAGGAUGCCAAAGAGAAGUUUGCUGAAAUUAAUAAGUUUAAAUUCUCAUCUACAAUUCUAGUGCAUAUGAAACUCUAUCUGAUGAAAAUAAAAGAAGAGUCUAUGACUAAGUGGGAAUGACUGGAGAUGAACAGGAUCAGGCUGGAGCAUAGGACCCUUUUGCUGCCUAUAGUAGUUUCUUUAGACAAGGAGCAAGAGGAGGCAGAGGAUAAGAAUAUGAAUUUGAUGAAUCCAUUUUUGGUGAUUUUGCAUCCUUUUUUAAUAUGGGAGGAGAAGCUGAAAGAACAAUUAAAGGAGCUGACAUUUAUGUCCAAAUGGAAAUUUCUUUUAUGGAUAGUGUUCAAGGAUCACAAUAGACAAUUUAAUUUGAGAAAGUAGGAACAUGUACUACCUGUAAUGGUACUAAAUGCAAACCUGGAACUGCCCCUGGAAGAUGUACUAAUUGUGGAGGAAGAGGAUCUAUCAAUUAUAGACAAGGGGCUAUGACUAUACAAAUGGCAUGCACUAAAUGUAGAGGAACAGGAAUCUCCAUCAAAAAUCCAUGUAUUUAUAGUAUAUCAUCCAUUUAGGCACUACAUGCAGAGGUAUGGGUAUAUAGAAACAGCCCACAAAUGAAACUAUCAACAUACCAAAGGGAAUCGCAGACGGUCAAAAUUUAAGAGUGACAGGCAAAGGAAACGUAGGGGAAAAUGGAGGAAAAGCAGGAGAUCUUAUUGUUAAAAUUUAAGUCAAACCUGACCCUUACUUUAAAAGGGAUGGCUAUGAUUUAAUUACCAAUGCUUAUAUUUCUAUUGCUUAAGCAGUGUUAGGAGAUACUAUAAAAAUUAAGACUUUGGGUGGGGAUAAGUAGGUUUCUGUCAAACCCGGAUGUUAGGAUGGAGAGAAAAUGAGAUUGAGUGGCUUAGUAUAUUCUAUUAUAAUUAUGUAAGGGAAUUAACAAAUUGGCACCCAAUCAAAAUUAGAAAGGGGAUUAGGUUAUCAAUUUCAAAAUACAAAUACCCACCAAAUUAAAUGAUAGGCAAAGAGAGAUAUUCCAGGAGUUAGCCAAGGUAUUUAAAUUAUUCAAUAAUCAAUAGAUGGAAAAAGCCCAAUCCUAGGAUUAGACUGGUGAAGGGGUUUUUGAUAAGGUCAAGAAUAUUUUCCAUAAGUGA